CCGCUUGCCCUUUUGAUUCCAGAAGUUUCAGGGGAGGAAGUACACCACCCUCCACCAGCAUUGCCCUGGGCACACACAAAGUCUCCUUCUGCCCUUCCUCACAGCCUCCCUCAGAGUGCACCAAGGCCAGCCCUCUGUAGGGUAUGGAGAGGAAAAGCUCAGGGUGCUGUGGAGCCCCCAAGAAGCUGGGGCUGUCCUUCUCCAUCGAGGAGAUCUUAAAGAGGCCCACCGAGAGGAGUCGUGUGGUCAGGCCGGAAGGGGCAGGUGGACAGGACACCGGGCCAGCAGCAGCUUUAAGCUCCGGACCAGAGAGGCCCCCACAGGCCCAGCCCCAGGAGGAAAGAAAGAGCAAGCGGAGGGUCCGAACCACCUUCACCACCGAGCAGCUGCAUGAGCUGGAGAAGAUCUUCCACUUCACCCACUACCCAGACGUCCACAUCCGCAACCAGCUGGCGGCCAGGAUCAACCUUCCAGAAGCUCGGGUGCAGAUCUGGUUCCAGAACCAGCGAGCCAAGUGGCGGAAGCAGAAGACUGGCAGCCCUGGGGCUCCGCAGCAGCUGAAUGAGGCCAGCUUGGCCUUGGCCGCGAACCCAGAUGUGGCUGACCCCAGGCAGCCGCCCUCUGCUCCACCCCAGCUGGCUCUUCGCACCAGGUGCUACGCACCAGCUCCAGGCCAGCCGGCCCCUGCCUGGUACCCCGUCCAGAUCACCCUGCCGCCAUGUCACCUGUGGGAGACACGGCCUCUCCUAGGCCCUCUCAUCCAGCCAACCUGCGCACCUGCCCUGUGCUGCCUUCCACCUGCGAACCCCAAAUGGGACAGCCCUUGUGCCACCUCAACAUAGGGAUUGGAUCACCUCUCACCAAAGGAGCCACUCUCCUCUGCAGGUGAAGACAGGUGGCAGGAGGGUGCCCAGGCCUCUGGAGGAAUCCAUCUCGCCAUCCAAAGAUGGCCCAGAGCCUGGGAAGUCUCC